AUCAUACCCGUAUUAUCAUCGGGAAACUGAAAUGUCACACUAAGAAAAAAUUCUUCUUUUUGCAGAGAAAAUCUAAAAUCUCAGCCUCUCGCAAGCUCAUGUUGAAGAGCUUGAUGGUCGCCAUGGCCAAGGAGGGGCUGGAGCAGGAGCUGGAAGAAAAAGAGGAACAGAAGUCCAAAUACCUGGAAGAAAAAUCUCCUCCUAUACAGACCAGUGGCAUGUCCUUGGUAGAGCUAAAGACGUUAUGUGAAGAGCUGCAUGCCAAAAUAGACGUGGUGGACGAGGAGCGGUACGAUAUUGAAGCCAAAGUCUCGCACAACAACAGAGAGAUCAAAGACCUGAACAUCAAGGUACUGGACCUGCGAGGGAAGUUCAAGAGACCCAACCUGAGAAGGGUGAGGGUCUCUGCUGAUGCCAUCCUGCGCUCACUGCUGGGCUCCAAACACAAGGUCUCUUUGGAUCUGCGGGCUAAUCUUAAAUCAGUCAAGAAGGAGGACACAGAAAAGGAGAAGACGGCGGAGGUGAGUGAUUGGAGGAAGAAUGUGGAAGCCAUGUCGGGCAUGGAGGGCCGCAAGAAGAUGUUUGAUGCAGCAGCGGGCCCCAACCAGUAAAUGGAUGCUAUUAAAGAAAAGGCAGGCUUUUUAUGAUACGUCCAAUACCUUCACUUAACAGCACUGAACAUACAGAAACUCUCCAGUACUUCACAUGGUCACAGAGGUUAUCUAAUCUGUACAGUCCCCACAUUUCUGUGUGUUUUGUUUCAUUAUCACUGAAAUAAACACAGCAUAUGCAGUCUC